AUGGGCAAGGAUGUGUGCAAGAGAAAGGGUGUGAACAAGGGCAAGGGUGUGGGCAAGAGAAAGGGUGUGAGCAAGGAUGUGGGCAAGAGAAAGGGUGUGAGCAAGGGCAAGGGUGUGGGCAAGAACAAGGGUGGGCAAGAGCAAGGGUGUGGGCAAGAACAAGGGUGGGCAAGAGCAAGGAUGUGGAGGAAGGGUGUGGGCAAGAGGACGGGUGUGGGCAAGAGGACGGGUGUGGGCAAGAGGAUGGGUGUGGGCAAGAGAAAGGGUGUGGGCAAGAGCAAGGGUAUGGGCAAGGAUGUGGGUAAGAGAAAGGGUGUGAACAAGGGCAAGGGUGUGGGCAAGAGAAAGGGUGUGAGCAAGGAUGUGGGCAAGAGAAAGGGUGUGAGCAAGGGCAAGGGUGUGGGCAAGAACAAGGGUGGGCAAGAGCAAGGAUGGCAAGGGUGUGGGCAAGAGAAAGGGUGUGAGCAAGGAUGUGGGCAAGAGAAAGGGUGUGAGCAAGGGCAAGGGUGUGGGCAAGAACAAGGGUGGGCAAGAGCAAGGGUGUGGGCAAGAACAAGGGUGGGCAAGAGCAAGGAUAUGGGCAAGAACAAGGGUGUGGGCAAGAGCAAGGAUGUGGACAAGAGCAAGGAUGUGGACAAGAGCAAGGAUGUGGGCAAGAGCAAGGAUGUGGGCAAGAACAAGG